UAUAAGAGACCUUCAUUUUAUUCAAAUGUACGUUCUCGUUAAUACCCCAUAGCAUCAGGAAACUUUAUUUUUAAGCUUUCUUUGGCGUGUAAAUGUCUUGGUUAGCUUAGCAAACUGAAGAGUAACUUCUGCGCUAGGCAUUCUUGAGCAAAAUGUGUUAUGAGCGACCCAUUGGUGUCUGUCACGGAAGAAAAUACAAAAAAUAUUUGGCGCCAAGACUUCAUCUCCACGCGCAGGGGAAAUCACUCUCAAUGACAAAUCAAAUGACAGCCGUAAGGAUUAAUAAACAACAAUAACUACAGGUUUACGAGCAUAUCUCUCAUUCUCAGCUGUAAUUUAGACUAAUUUUGUAGCCUGCCAUCAUAAGUAAAGAAUUUACAGCGUUCUUUACUUUGAAUUGGAGAACUUUUCAGUCGCUAGUCUAGUCUUACUAACGUGAGCGAGUUCUCACCUCGUCGCUUCCACUGGAAAACUACUAUAACCAGUGAGGAAAGGUUGUACAACGCAUCUUUGGUACGACGAAUGGCAGAAAGUGCUUCCAUGACCAGAGAAGUAGAAACUUCUGGAUUCGAUUUUGAAGCGGUGCUAGCGGAGUCGAUGAUCGUGUUCCAAUGUGAAUCUUGCCAUUCCAUCUUGGGGGACUCUACUUAUUGGCUUGCAGCUUGCGAAGCUCUGGAGGCAUUUACACUGAGUGCUGUAACUGACAAUGUGAGCCGUGGGGAAGUGCUUCAUCACUCUGGCAGUGUUCAUGAUGCAGGCAGUGCUUAUUACCUUCUCAGCUGUCGACGUUGCAAAAAAAAGAUUGGACGAUACUAUGUGACUACACCACAGCAGCUAGACUACCUGCGUGGCAACUUUACGAUUGAUGUUGCAGGGGUGACUGGCUAUCGGUUUGGCAGUGCAGGGACAAAAUGGAAUUGCAGUGAUCCCCCCUUACUCUUCGAGCUUGCAGAAAAGUGCUUUAAGAUUCAGCACCUGAUUGUGAUGAUGAAUACCCGCCUGAGUAAUGUGGAAAAAUGCCUGACUACUGAUGGUGAUGGAGAGGAAGAAAGCAAGAUCAACAGAUAAAACCUGAGCACUCAGGUGCUUUUGUGGAGGUGAGGAGAACAUUACUCUGAAAAAUAAGAUGGCCAAACAUUGUAAGUGUUUUGUAUAUGUCUUGUUAAGACCAUUAUUGUAUAAAAAACAAGUUUGUUGAUGGUAAAAUGUAAUCAUGUAUUUUUUUUAUUGCACGUGUGAAGUGCAUGUAACAAUUACUUGUGCUAUAAGAUUGUUUCACAGAAAUGUGAGGAUGAAGUUGUUUAUCUUUUGCAAAUAAAUCCAGGUCUCUUGUUU